AUGGCUAAGACAUUGUGCGAUGAUUUUCCUUUCUCUUGCAGUUCCAUAAUUUUAAAAUGUUGGGAUCUGUACCAGGCAUUCGUUGUAUUUGCCUUCAUCAUCUCUUUUGGAGUUGAAGUUGCCAAAUAUUAUCAAGUUAAGAAGAUCGGUACUGUUUUUGAUGUUACUUCUCCAUUUGUGAAGGAAGAGAAAACAGCCAUGGAAAUUGCAGUUCAAAGUUGCAAUAUUUCUCUCUUUAUGAACCCUGGAAGAGACCUCCUGAUAGCUGCUAGUACAGCUGAAAAGCCAGAUAAAGAGAUGAAUACAUGGGAAAAAGGGGCUUCAGUUGCUGCAAUUGGAAAUCACGUUGACACUCUGGUUCUUUUGUGUGCAGCACCUUCUACACCACCAACACUAUCAUCCCUCGAUCAGCCUUUCUUGGCAAAAUUGACAAUCAAUGAUUUUGAACAGAUGAAAUGCUUUGCAGCUAUUGUUCAUGUCUACAGCUGGAACAGGGUUAUCCCAAUUUUUGAAGAAGAGGAAUACCUUGUAUUCAUCUUGAAGUCAAGCUACACUGCUAAAGAGAGUUCAAUACUCAUCUUGCAGCCACUGGAACCAAAUAUCACAGAUAUUGAAAGGCUCAGAAAGGCCAAUUCAAAAAUUGGAUUUGAUGGUGAUUCAUUUGUAAGGGCUUAUCUUGAGGGGGUGCUUCGGUCUGGAAAACAGCAUAUCGAGAAUGUCAGCAGCAAAUACAAAUAUGAAGGAGAAUUUAGGAGCAUCAACAGAGCAGCUGCCUUUCUUGAACUUCAAGAUGGGAAAGUUUUCCUCAGUCAAUACCGCAAACAGUUUAUUGCUACCACACCUAUCUACAGCUUCAGAGGGCUUAGCUUUGUAUUCAUGAAAGGCUCUCCAAUAGGUACUGAUAUUUCAAAGGCUAUCCUAAAUCUAAAUGAAGAUGGGAUCCUAAAAGCACUGGAAGAAAAUAAGUUUGCUUAUUCAUCCGAAGUUUCGUUCUGCUUGCCCGUCCAAAGCUUCUGGGGUAUUUACCUAAUAUUUGGUGCCACUUCCACAUUACAUAAAUACGGUUUCAAAAAGUGCAUUCUCUCUGAUGGAGUUCAAGCUGUCGAUAAUCAUAAACUUACAAACAUCGGUGCCAUCAUCCAUGUCAAUUCCCGCGUUGGGAAGGAAGAGAGAACAGCCAUGGAAAUUGCAGUUCAAAACUUCAACAAUAAGUCAAACAGUCACAAGUUAUCUCUCUACAUUCAGAACCCUGGAACAGACCCCCUGCAAGCCGCUUCUGCAGCUGAACAGCUGAUUAAAGGGCAGAACGUGAAGGCGAUUAUCGGCAUGGAAACAUGGGAAGUAGCUGCUCCAGUUGCUGAAAUUGGAAGCCGAGCUCAAGUUGCGGUUCUUUCAUUUGCAGCACCUUCUAUAAAACCGCCAAUGUCAACUCUCCGAUGGCCUUUCUUGGUACAAAUGGCAAACACUGAUUCUGAACAAAUGAAAUGCAUUGCAGCUAUCGUUCAUCCUUACAACUGGUAACAGGUUAUCGCGAUUUAUGAAGAUGAGACAUAUGAUGGUGAUUCUGGGGAAUUAGCUGUUCUAACCGAAGCUCUACAGCAUAUCGGUUCAGAGAUUGAGCAUAGAUUGGUUCUUCCACCGAUUUCAUCUCUGACUAAUCCAAAACAAAUUGUUCAGGAGGAGCUGCUGAAGCUUCGUAGCAUCCGUUCUCGGGUUUUUGUUGUCCUUAAAGCUUCUUCAUUUAUGACAAUUCACUUGUUUAGAGAAGCUAAGAAUAUGGGGUUUCUGGGAAGAGACUCAGCUUGGAUAAUCACAGACACGAUUACAGCUUACCUUCACUCUUUUAACACCUCUGUUAUUUCCUCUAUGGAAGGAGCUUUGGGAAUCAAGGCCUACUAUACUGAGAAUAGUAGCUCUUAUGAAAACUUUUGUGGGCAGUUCAGGCAAGUUUUCCGAAAGAAGUACCAAGAGGAAGAUAACUUUGAGCCUGGAAUUUAUGCCUUCCGAGCAUAUGACGCCAUCAGAAUCAUCAUAGAGGCCAUGGAAGGAAUCAUCAACAACAGUAGCAGUCCAAAAGAAUUGUUAGGAAAUAUGUUGUCAAGCAAUUUCACUGGUUUAAGCGGAAAAAUUCAGUUUGAAGGAGGCAUGCUGUCACAUGUUCCUAUAUUAAGGGUAGUAAAUGCGAUUGGAAAGAAAUAUAAAGAGCGCUUCUGGUUACCCAACUUUGGGUUCUCAAGGGGCCUUGUUAUUGAAAAAGGUGAAGAGAAAGAUUAUGCGGUGGAGAUAGCAGGUAACACAGCCCAAGGGUUGUCUGGUCAAGUCACUUGGCCUGGUGAAGUCCAAAAUCCAAAAGGAUGGGUGAUGCCUACUGAUGAAAGGCCACUGAUUAUUGGAGUUCCUGGUAGAGCCUCAUUUGAGAAAUUUGUGAAAGUUAAGAAUGGCACUAAUCCAGAUGAGGUGGAACCUGAAGGUUUUUGCGUUGAUCUUUUCAAAAAGGCAAGAGAGGUUUUGGGAUAUGAUCUGCCUUAUAAGUUUAUUGCUCAUUUUGGGACUUACAAUGAUAUGGUUCUUCGUGUACAUAACAAGCCGUACGCAGAAUCAGGGUUGUCCAUGAUAGUACCAGCAAGGUCUGAAGAAUCAGCAUGGAUGUUCAUGAAGCCUUUUACAUGGAAGAUGUGGAUGGCGACUGGUGGCAUAUUGAUCUAUACAAUGUUCAUAGUUUGGUUUUUGGAGCAUCAAUCCAAUCCGGAAUUUGAAGGCACAUGGAGGAAUCAAAUCGGCACUGCAAUGCGGUUCACCUGCUCUUCUCUCUUCUUCGUGUACAGGGAGAAUAUACAGAACAACUUCACAAGAGUCGUGGUUGUUUUAUGGCUCUUUCUUUCUCUUGUCUUAACCUCAAGUUACACGGCUAGUCUGUCUUCAAUGCUGACAGUCAACAAACUGCAGCCAAAUGUUACUGACAUUGAAUUUCUGAAGAGGAACAACUUAAAAGUGGGUUGUAAUGAAGGUUCGUUUGUAAAAAACUAUCUGGUUAAUGUGCUUCAUUUCAAAUCAGAGAACAUCAAGACAGUUGGCAGUGAAUACAGUUAUGCAGGAGAAUUAGAAGGGAAUCAGAUAGCUGCUGCUUUCCUUGAACUUCCAUACGAGAAGGUUUUCCUCAACACCUACUGUAAGAAAUUUUCUGGCACCACAGCAACAUACAGAUUUGGAGGAUUGGGCUUUGUAUUCCAGAAAGGCUCUCCUAUCGCCAUGGACUUCUCAGAAGCCAUUCUCACUCUGUCAGAGAAUGGAAUGCUGAAAGAAUUGGAAGAUGAGUGGCUUUCACCCUCUCCUGAGUGUUCAACAGAUGUAACUGACAACAGAACGGAAAGACUGAGGCUUCAUAGCUUCUGGGGUCUCUACCUAAUCUCUGGUGUCACAUCUACCAUUUGUUUCUUCCCAUUCAUAAUCAGGUUAAUGAAGAAUUAUUGGCUCCAGCAAUAAAAAUACUGAAGCAAUACUAGUCCAAGAAAUAAUAGUACCUGGAAUAAGGCAGUUAGGCUUGCAAGAUUUAUAUAUCAAGGACAAGAAAUUAAUCUUACGAGAGCCCCAACUUUACCUCGAUCGCCAUAUGUAGUUGGAAGGGGCUCCACAAGAUGGAAAUACUCAAGUCCUGACACAGCAGAGAAUCGUGAGGAAGCCUCCUCUGAAGGUGAAGUUGAAAUGCUGUACAUUCCAGGUGAUUAAGACGAAAGAAGAGGAGAAAAGGCUUAGGCUCAGAUCAAGACUUCUUCCAACUAUUGGAUGUUAUCUGGCUGUAACGCAA